GUCUAGGGCUAACACUUACAAGCUAUGGAUGCCAGGCGCCAUGUCUGGGAGGGCGCGAUCCCCAUUUCUUUUCAGCUGGAUCCUUCCGAGAUUGCUACGGCGCCAGCUCCUCUUCCGCUUCUGCUAAUGGCUGCUCGGAAUGGAUACCUCCCCCUCCUCGCUAAUCGAAUCCGGCAGUAUUUCCAGAACGCUGUCUUGUCUUCUCCUUCGUCUUCUACCCCUUCCAGCGAUCAGAUUCUGUGGUUCGAUUUCAAAGGUUUGCCUCUCAAAUGGCACAUUCCUACUGGUGUUCUGUUUGACUUGCUGUGUCUUGAGCCACAAAGGCCGUGGGAUCUCACAGUCCAUUUUCGGGGCUAUCCUUCCGAGAUGAUGGCUCCUUACGAGGGCGAUGAAGCUGUGAAAUGGAGCUUCAUGAACACUCUGAAAGAGGCGUCGUACAUCAUUCGUGGAAACACGAAGAACGUCAUGGACUUGACACAGAACGACCAGAACAACCUGUGGAGCAGCAUUGUGAAAGGGGAUAUGGAAGAACACGAUCGCAUCGCAGCUCAGUUUGUUGGUCCUGGGAGAAUCGAAGGCAAGCCAGGGAAGGUACCUCUACGCCUUUACGUUCGUGCUGUGAACGGCGGUCUGGAUGAUCCUUUCUCUUUAGCCCCAGUCAAAAGCUGGAACGAAGUGAUGAUUCUGACGAGACCCGUAGAAAUUCUUCGCCAAGAAGAAGGCCUAGCGUUCACCUUAGGAGACGCACUGGUGAAAGUUCUGCCUCAAUAUUUUGGUAGCAGCUCCGAAGAUCCCGAGCAUAGCAGUAGCGAUUCUAGAGUUGACGAAUACGGACCGGGUGUACAGUUCGAUGGCACGGUCAAAAUUCAGGGAAUUCAGCCCAACCUCGACUUGCCUUUCGACUGGGUGGCCAGAAAUUUGGCUGGACAAGAGCAUUUCACCCACGUCUGCCUGUGGGUGCCCGGGAAAUAAAGCUGACAACGUUUCUGUAA